AUGGUACGCACCACACUAGAUUGUGGAUAUCACAACAAAGAGUAUGAUGUUGUCCUUCCGAUUGUAAACAAGGCUGUAAUCGUGUCCGCUUUACGAAGCGGAUUGCGAAACGAUAUCAACCGGCAGCUGCGCACGGCCGGGGAACCGGUCAAAUAUGAGGAGAUUCAGGUCGAAGGAAUCUACGCGGUGCCGUACGAAAACUGCUUCUACCGGGUUGUGGUGCUGGAAAAGAUCGCCUCGUCGAAGAGCUUGGUUGGUCAUUCCGUCAACGGAGUUGCGACCGCCGCUGCUGUUGAUGAAGACUGCCCAACUUUGCCUUCGGUUUUGACCGGCUUACAGCUUCCCCAGGACAAGAUUGCCGCCCUGACGGCACGCAUUCAAGAGGUCCUCAAGGCCAAGGCCGGUGCCGGAUCGGCUACGUUCACGACGGCCUACGCUGCAGCCCGUUUUGCCCUCGCCGAACCUUGGUCUGCCCAAGGUGAACGCCUACGAGCUAGAGCUGCUAAAGAAGGACAUUCCGGAGCUGAAACAAACAUCCGGAAGGGCAAGGAGUUUGUCAAGAAGAACUUUGUGAACAAAAAAAGUGAAUUUCGAUCAUGUUGAGAAAAAUAGUAACCAACCAUUGAAAAUAAACUUUCAAGUGCAUGAUAAAAAUAUCGGCGUUUUUGUUUUCUUUGUACUAAAGUAAAAGAAGGGUUUUUUCCCAUGACCCAUUAAGAGGAUUCUC